GCUUCGUUUGGUUGAUAGUGAAAAAAAAGCUCCUAUGGGAUACAUCUAUGAGGCCAUGAAUAGAGCUAAGGAUGCAAUUGUGAGAAGUUUUAAUGGAAAUGAAGAGAAGUACAAAGAAAUCUUCAACAUCAUUGAUAAGAGGUGGGAGAUUCAGCUUCAUCGGCCUUUGCAUGCAGCAGGGUACUUUUUGAACCCGGAAUUCUUCUAUGAUAAGCCAGAAAUAGAGCAUGAUGCCGAGAUUAUGAGUGAUUUGUAUAAAUGCAUCUUAAGGCUAACAAGAGGCCCUACUAAGCAAGAAAAAGUUGUGGCCGAAGUGAGUUUGUUCACAAAUGCCCAAGGACUAUUCGGGAAUGAGUUAGCUGUUAAGACAAGAAAGACUAGAGCACCAGCUGAAUGGUGGGCUGCAUAUGGAGCUUCAGCUCCAAAUUUGCAAAAGUUUGCAAUGGAAGUCCUCAACUUAACAUGCAGUGCAUCAGGUAAAAGUGGAGACAAAGGCAAAGGAAAGGAGUUAAAUUUGACACAAGUUCAUGAAGAUGAGGAGUUAGAUGAAAUUGGAAGAUUAGAUAGUGAGAACUUUGCUACUAUUGAUACAUUGGAUAAGGAUGAUGAUGAUAUUGGAGAUGAUGAUUUAAGUUAA